CCGGCUGUGUUGUGCGCCUGCCCGCCCUCUUCGCUGGCUUGCGCGCGCGCACAGACGCACAGAGACCCGGGAGUCCUCCGCCCGCCCGUCCCUUCCGUAGUCGGCUGGUGGCUCGCCUAGCCCUGGUGGAUCGGGGCUGCACGAGGGGGAAGGAGCAAGCGGGUGCUGGCUGGGGAUGGGGCUGAGGUGAAUCCUUUCGUUCCUGGAGCUGCUUCGAGAGAGAGGAGGAGGAGGAGGGAAGGAAGGCAAGAGAGGAGGAAAGGAGAGGGGCCCGCGCGCAGGAGGGGCGGUAGCAGCGCUGCCUCUGCCGCUUCCGUCAUCAUGGCUCACUCCCCGGUGCAGCAGCCUGGCCUGCCGGGCAUGCAGAAUCUGAAAGCAGAUCCAGAAGAGCUCUUUACAAAGCUGGAGAAGAUCGGCAAAGGUUCAUUUGGUGAAGUUUUUAAAGGAAUUGACAAUCAAAGUCAGAAAGUUGUUGCUAUAAAAAUUAUUGAUCUUGAAGAAGCUGAAGAUGAAAUAGAAGACAUUCAACAAGAGAUUACAGUGCUGAGUCAGUGCGACAGUCCAUAUGUUACCAAAUACUAUGGAUCUUAUUUAAAGGAUACAAAAUUAUGGAUAAUAAUGGAAUAUCUUGGUGGAGGUUCUGCUCUUGACCUUUUAGAACCAGGGUCUCUUGAUGAAAUCCAGAUUGCUACGAUAUUGAGAGAGAUUCUGAAAGGCCUUGAUUAUUUGCAUUCAGAAAAGAAAAUCCACAGAGAUAUUAAAGCUGCUAAUGUGCUGCUGUCUGAACAAGGAGAAGUCAAACUAGCAGAUUUUGGUGUAGCCGGACAACUAACUGAUACACAAAUAAAGAGAAAUACCUUUGUGGGUACACCGUUUUGGAUGGCACCAGAAGUAAUAAAGCAGUCAGCGUAUGAUUCAAAGGCAGAUAUCUGGUCACUGGGCAUAACAGCCAUAGAGCUUGCGAAAGGUGAGCCUCCACAUUCAGAGCUGCAUCCCAUGAAAGUUCUCUUCCUGAUCCCAAAGAACAACCCACCAACAUUAGAAGGAAACUAUAGCAAACCUCUGAAGGAGUUUGUUGAAGCCUGCUUGAACAAGGACCCAAGUUUUAGACCAACGGCAAAAGAACUCCUGAAGCACAAGUUUAUAAUACGGAAUGCAAAGAAAACCUCUUACUUGACAGAUCUCAUCGACAGGCAUAAAAGAUGGAAGUCUGAGCAGAACCAUGAUAACUCCAGCUCUGAAGAUUCAGAUGGGGAAACAGAUGGCCAAGCCUCGGGUGGCAGUGAUUCAGGCGACUGGAUAUUUACAAUCCGAGAGAAAGAUCCCAAGAACCUCGAGAAUGGAGCUACUCAGCUACACGAGUGGGAAAGGAACAAGGAAAAUACCAUUCAAAGGCGUCCUUUAUCUCGGUGCUUAUCAACAAUCAUAUCGCCAUUAUUCACAGAGCUGAAAGAGAGGAGUCAAGCUUGUGGGGGGAACAUGGGAUCCAUAGAAGAACUGAGAGAGGCUAUCUAUUUGGCUGAAGAAGCAUGUCCAGGCAUUUCAGAUACCAUGGUGACAGAGCUCGUGGAGAGGCUUCAGAGGUAUUCAGUAACUGGAGGAGGAAGCACAUCAUCCCACUAAAGUAUUGUUUCGCGGCGUUUGCUUGUUCGAUGUGGCUCCUAUAGGCACCUCCUCAAAUGCUGGUCUGCCGCUGUUGCUUUCAGUGGUGAGCUCUCCAGUUUGUGGACAUUCCUGAAGGUGCAGCAACACAAAUGGACAACAUAGCAAGGGCAUUGUUUUUCAGCUCUGUAUAGUUUUUUUUUUAAAGAAAAAAACAAUAAUGCACAUAUUCAAAGGAGGUAUCUUUUUAAAUUUCUGAGAUGUAUAUUUAGGAUUGCAGUUAGGAAACUAAAGCUAUUGUGAAAUCUCAGGUAUCUUGCUUUAAGUCAUUGGUCUUCAACUCAACGAUCCAGAUUCAGAAGCAAUUUAUGUCUCAGUCUAAAAGUGGGCACCCCAAUGGUACGGCCACUGUUUUCUUUCAGGGUCUUAUUUUAACAAAAUGCAUAAGAUUGGGAGAUGAAAUAAAGGGAUGUGGGGGGGGACUAAGUGGGUAUCAUAUUUUAGGUUGGGAUUUAAGAUGGAUCUCGGACCUGAACAAGUUGAAGACAACUGCUUUAAGUCGAUGAAUCUGUGAAUUGGAAAACAUACCAUUGGCUCUGUGUACAGAUUUGUAUAUAGUCACUUUUUUUACUCAAAACUUGCUCAAUGUGCAUAUAGAAUCCCUCUGUACAAAUGGCCAAGUUCUCUGUAGAUGAUGCUAGUGAGGUAAAUAUUUUGGCAGGUCACAACUGUUUAUUGGCUUGCCUUUUGUUAUAUGACAUUUUCGAACCGUAUGACAAGAGGUUUGAUUUGACCUUGUAUUUGUAGGUCAAAAAGCUGUGCUAUAAAAAAAUCUGGUUUGUACCUCAGAUGCAAAGUUUGCUCUAGUUUUGUUACACGGUGUUAUUCUUUUUAUUAAUCUAGAGUUGGGUUUCUAAUCAUGGUACGACAUUGAUUAUUUCAGUUUCCUGAAUCACUUGGUUUGAGGUUCUCUAAUACUUGUUUGCUUUAGUGGGUUUUUUUUAU